UCUCAAUGUGCAGCUCAGCAUUUGGCGUUCGGUUGCUGUGAUACAUGGGUUACGAUACACGAUGAUUGAUGUGUGCCUUACCUUUGCAGGAAGACCGCCUAACCCCGAACUUGGCAAGCGGUGGUGGCCCAUAUCUUAUCGGAAUGCGGGGGGUCCUUUUCUGCCAGUCCCAAAAAAUAAUGGGGGCGAUGCGGUGAAGGGACAAUUCUAUGGUGUUGAUAGAUCUGCUUCGGCUCUCACAAAAAUACACAACACACCGACUCCCGAGCUGGAACAAUGCCCAAGGCUGCCAAGCAGAAACGUGCGGGGGGAAGCAAUGGCCCCUACGACCGGAAAGCGUCGAAAGGCUCGUCUUCGGCCAACACGAACAUCUUCAAAUUCGACAAGGACUUUGGCCAGCACAUCCUCAAAAACCCCGGCAUCAGCGAUGCCAUUGUCGGAAAGGCCUAUCUCAAGCCCACCGAUGUCGUCGUCGAAGUCGGCCCGGGUACUGGAAACAUCACGGUCCGAGCUCUCGAAAAGGCGAAGAAGGUGAUAGCGAUCGAACUCGAUCCGAGAAUGGGUGCCGAAGUCACCAAGCGCGUCCAAGGCACGCCCCUGGCCAAGAAGCUCGAGGUCAUCCUGGGGGACGUCAUUAAGAUGCCCGCCAUACCCCCCUGCGACGCCCUCAUUUCCAACACUCCCUACCAAAUCAGCAGUCCCCUCAUCUUCAAGAUGCUGUCCAUGCCGAACCCGCCCAGGAUCGCCGUGCUUAUGUUCCAACGAGAGUUUGCCAAGAGACUGGUUGCCAGGCCAGGCGAUUCGCUGUAUUCGAGGUUGAGCGUCAAUGUCAAUUUCUGGGCCACAUGUAAACACAUUAUGAAAGUCGGAAAGCAGAACUUCAAGCCGCCACCCAAGGUUGAAAGCGACGUCGUCAGAAUAGAGCCACUACUCGGAUCCGCACGGCCAAACGUGGCUUUUGAGGAAUUCGACGGUUUGCUCCGUAUUGCAUUCAACCGCAAAAACAAAACCCUCCGCGCCGCCUUCAGCAUAAAAGAAGUCCUCGCAAUGUGCGAGCGUAACUACAAAAUUUACUGCACCCUCCACAACAUCCCAAUUGACGAGUCCCUCGCCGACACCACCCCGGUCGCAACCACCGCCUCCGGAGACGAUGACAUGAACAUGAACGUCGACGACGACGACGACAACAAGGACGAAGCCGUCGAUGGCGAUGGCAUGGACACAGAUGAAGACGACAACGAUCAAGACGAAGACGACGAGGAUAUGCCCACCUUUUUCAAGGAACUCAAAGAAGCCGGGGCCAGUAAGGAGGCCAGUAAGACGCCUAGCCGGAACCCCAAGUCCAAGGUCGCCUUGGUCGUCAAGGCCAAGGUGGAUAAGGUGCUGACGGGGACUGGGCUGGGCGAGAAGCGGGCGAGGAUGUGUGAUCAGAAUGACUUUUUGAAGUUGCUUCUAGCUUUUCAUGAGGAGGGAAUUCACUUUUCUUGAUGGGUGCAGAUUUUAGAUAUACCGUGGACAAAAGUUGGGCAUUGCUGGCGUUUGGAGGUGGGAAAAUCGUAUAUGGCGUUUGAUCCUUGCCUGAGAUCUGAAGUCUUUUGCAAUUAAGAAUAAUCCAGAGUGCCCUCCCAUGCCAUUCUUGCUGGGAAUGAG